AAUAAUAAUAAUAAUAAUAAUAAUAAUAAUAAUACUACAACGGGGUAUCGACCUAUCGUUCCAGCACCAUCAUCAUCGUCAACGAUAAUAUCUCCAAUGAUUCCAAUAUCACCACAUCAAUCACCUCAAGCACGUCCAAGUCCUCAACAUGGAAUUUUACCACCACCAAUGUCAUCAAUGUCAUUUCGUACACCACCAGUUUCACCUUUCUCUCUUCCAAUUAAUAUGAAUCCAGAAUAUUUGCCACCGCCACUUCAACCACUUCCACCAAUGAUGUCCAUGACCACACCACCUUCACCGACUAACGGAAGAUACGAACAACGUAUUUUACCAAAGCAACAAGGGUCAUCAACUUCAGUAUUUUCUGUACCAAUGACACCUUCUAAUGCCAGUAGUGUUAUGCAACAUCAUAAUUCCGUAAUUCAUCCCCAUCCCCCUUAUCAACAACAACGAGUUUCUUUGGGUGGUGCAGCAACAGGAGCCAAUGGAGAUAAACAGCUUACAACAGCAGAUCAACGUGAAUUAGCUCGUAAAGUAUCACAUUCUGCAAUAGAAAGACGACGUCGAGAAAGAAUUAACGAUAAAAUAUUGCAGUUAAAAGAAUUAAUUCCAAGUUGUGCGGAUCAAGAUCAUUUACAUAAAUUAAGUAUCCUUCAAAGCGCCAUCGAAUAUAUACAAUAUUUACAAGGCUGUGUCGCAGAAUCAAGAAAACGUGAAGGAAAUAAUAAUUCAGAAGAACGAUUUACCAAAAGAUCAAAAUUUGAUCGUUAUGAAAUUCCUAUUCCUAAACAUCUCAAAGAUGAUAAUACUGACAAAUCUGAAUACAAGCGUAAAAAUAAUAGCGGGAAAUUCAGUGAUAGUGAUGGUGAGAAUAACGUUACUUCCACUAACGCAAAAAGAGCAACUUCUGACGCCUCUACCAACACUGAUACUGAUUCUAAAAGCGGUGGAGAAAUUAAUAAUGAAGAAGGAAAUACUUUAUUAUCAACUUCUACCGACAUCAAUGACAAUAAUAAUAAUAAAGAAAUACCGAAAACCAGAGAUGUUGAAGUGCAGACAUCUCCUAACACAAAUGAGACUAUUGAAAUUGAAGAGAAGGAAGAGGAACAGAAAGAGGAACCAAGGGGAGGAAUAAGUGUUCAACAAUUGUUAUGUAAUUAGUAUUAUUUAUACUUGUAUUGAUAUGAUAAUACUUUU